AUGCUUUUCCUGAAACUUCUCUGCUCGAAUGUCAUUGUCUUGAUUCAGCACUGCAUUGGAGGAGCUCUUGCUGUUAAUGUGGAAAUCACAAGUUUACGGGCAAAUGAGGAAGUUUAUUAUAAGUAUCAUCCAGCCAGGCUACCCUGGCAUGCCGUCAAUCAGCAGUGUAUCGAGAGGUCGGGAUCCCUGGCAGUCGUACGCGGUGCCGAAGAGAAAGAAAAGAUGACCGGCUUUCUACGCUCCGUGAACAUUUCAGAGCCUGUCUGGAUUGCAAAAAGAGUUACUGAAGUACACGGUACCCUAAUCCUGAACUUCCUGAACAGAAGUGAACUCCAAUCUGCCCGUUUGUUGCGAAAUUUCUCGGACAUGACGGCUGUGACAGUUUGUUUUUGGCUUUAUUUUAGUCCCUCUUGCCAUGGCGGUUUGACCGUGUUCUCUUACUCGUGUCGCUCUUACAUCAACGAGUUCCAGCUCCGAGCCAAAGUCCUGCCGAACCGAAACAUUGAACUCGCCCUGAUGGUGCACGGUCACCAUGGCCCAUAUAUAUCAGCCUUCACCAACGAUGCCUCCUGGCACUCCGUAUGUGUGAGCUGGACUGGAAUGGGUGGCAAAUGGACAAUAUCAGUGGAUGGUCACAAAGUCCGACGUGGUAUUUCGCUCUACUCAUCAGGCCACAUUCGGGGCGGUGGAAUUUUCAUCAUAGGCCAAGAACAAGACGCUUUCGGCAGCGAGUUCAAUAGUGACAAAGCCUUCUGUGGCAGCAUUACUCAGCUGAACUUGUGGGAUCAGGUGCUGGAUGACGGGGAAAUCCGAACCAUGGAAAAAGACUGUUUGCUCAUUUCUUCCGGCCUGCUUUUCAGAUGGGAGAGAUCAGAGUUGGAGAUGACAACCGGCCUCCAGACUCAGUGGGGGUAUAUCCAGUGUCAAGAGCGGUCCCAAUUUCCAGAGAAUGAGGACUGUGUAACCUUUCACCCUGACAAUGGAGUGUUGACCUGGGACAACUGUAAUUUGCAAAGAAGAGGCGUAUGUCAAUUUAUAAAAGAAGUCGUGGACGAUUUUGGCAUGUCCAGAUUUCACAAGACUCCAUUUUUUACACAACUCAGCGAAGAUCUUCACAACAACCCCGAGUUAGAGGACCAUAAUUCUUCCUCAUCCACAGAACAUCAUUUAAAGUGGCUGAGUGCCCUCGCUCAGUCCCUGCUGAAGGCUAUCGAGACCGAUCCAAACAUCAUCACGCCGUUGGACAUGAUGCACCUCACUCAAACCAUUGAGAAGGGUGCCGCUUCUCAAGUUAAUAAAACAUCGCUUCCUUCAGCGCUCGUCAGAUCCAUGGCUUCCAGCUACAUGAUCAUAGCCAGUGGACUUAUUGAUUCUGUCUUGGCCCAGCAGUGGCUGGAUAUAAAGUCAUUAGGCAUUAACCUUAAACCAUUUAUGAUUAUUGAGAAUAUUGAAAAAAUACUUUGGGCUCUGGCUGAUUCGAUCUUUCCGGAUAAGAAAAACUUUACGCUUUUCACCAAAAACAUGGAUGUUCGACUCGAGCCACAAACCUUAUCUCAUGACAACUUCAAAAGUGCGUAUAAACCCACUGAGGGUGAGGAAAUCCUCAUUUCAGAGACAGAAGUCCAGAGACUUUAUUCCAUGGGUCACAAGGAUGUGAUGUUCAUUCACGCUUACUACAGGAACAUGACAAAAGUGCUGUCCAGAGCUGAAUUCACAGCGUUUACAGACACAGAGAGUGGACAAUCCGUGAUCCGUCACCUGGCUACAGGAGUCAUAUCAGCCACAGUGAGAGACGUGUCCAAGGAAGAGAAUGUUCCAGUGUCUGUGCAGUACACUCUGUCUACUAUACGAUUGGUGGAGUCCAACAAUUCGGUCACACCUUUAUGCAUUUUCUGGAACGUCAGUGAAAUAACCUCCAGUGUGAGUGAUUGGUCAGACAAGGGCUGUGUAGUGUUGUACUCGGAACCGAACGCCACCACCUGCUUCUGCAACCACACCACCAACUUUGCCAUUCUUAUGAAUUACAUGGGAGGCGGGUGGAGUGAAGAAGAGGAGAUGGUUCUGACCAAGCUGACGUUUAUAGGAUCAGGAGCAUCGCUCUGCGCUCUUGUGGUGACCUUGAUGCUGCUUACCGUGCUAGAUAUUCCUAAAUCAGCGAGGACAUCCAUCCAUAAGAAUCUUUUCAUCUCUCUGACCCUGGCCCAAAUACUCCUUCUCUGCAGUGGCUCGGCCAUUCAUAACAAGGUGGCCUGCACAAUGGUAGCGGCGCUGCUCCAUCUGUUCUUCAUGGCGGCGUUUAGCUGGAUGUUGGUGGAGGGGCUGCUGCUCUGGAGCAAGGUGGUGAUCGUUAACAUGAGCGAGGAUCGCCACAUGAAGUACUACUACCUGAUUGGCUGGGGUCUGCCUGUCCUGAUAGUCUCCGUUACUCUGGCCUCGGCCUCGGGGAACUACACCGCAGACGACCACUGCUGGCUGAGUACACACAACGGAGUCAUAUGGGGUUUCGUAGGUCCAGUCAUCUUCAUCAUAACGGUGAACAUCCUGGUGCUGACGCGUGUUGUCAUCAUCACCACCUCCACCGCCAAGAGAAGAUCUCUGAUGAUGGCAGACAGCACGAGUCCUAUCAAACAGGUGUCCGAGCAGAUCAGGGCGGCGGUAAAAGCAGUGAUGGUUUUGCUGCCAAUUUUAGGCCUGACCUGGCUGUGUGGAGUUCUUGUGCCGUUCUCCAUCGUCAUAGCCUACAUCUUCAUCAUCCUCAACUCACUGCAGGGUCUCUUUAUCUUCCUGAUAUAUGGCGUGUACAACACAGAGAUCCGCAGCACGGUUAACAGGCUCAAGCAGCGAAGGAAAGCGCAGAAUUUUUCCAACUGUAGCAGCUCCAGACCGUCCAGCUCCAUAACCAGCUCUCAGCAUGGCAGCUCCCCGGUACCGGGCGCUUUGGGUCGGCAUGAUUUCUGCUCCGAUCAGCCGGGAAGCCUCUCCACAUCCAGCCACUGCAGCAGUCUGAGUCUCAGCACUGGGAGGCAUUUCUCCAUCCCGUGUGUCCAUGACAGCCUGAAAGAACAUCUCAGCUGUCUGGCUAGUGGCACUCGCACGACUCGACAGGAUAACCAAGUGGGGUCUGUAAAAGGAAAAGCAGAUUCCUGCAGUCUUCAUGUUCCCAUGGGCACAGAUCUGCACUCGUGCUGUGCACUACACUCGUCUCCGCAGCAGCCUGGCAGCGAGCUUUAACUGGAAACCAACAAUCUGUAUUCGCUAGAGCAGGAAGCAUUUCAUAUCGGUUCUGAGAUAUCAAUGAAUUCUGUUUGUCUUUUUCUAUUAAGUGGAUGUAAAAAGUCUACACACCCCGGUUCAAUAUUGGUCAUAAAGAAGAUAAA